AUGCUGAUCACGCAUCAGACCGCCGACCUGCGCGACUAUGUCAGAUCCGGUGAAUGGAAUGUGAUCAGUACCCGGCUGAUACGUCAUGUGCGCUCGUAUCCUCUGGACAACUUCAACUACACCGACAUCACACUCUACGUCUGCAUGAACCGACGCGUCGUAUACUACAUCAUCAACAUUAUUCUGCCCUGCAUUUGGUUGAACAUUUUGAGUACCCUACAGUUCUUUCUGCCACCCGAAGCCGGUGAAAAGGUAAGCUAA